GGCGGGCGGUGUGGGAUGCGGUCCCGCAGCCGCGGGGGCGGCGGGCGGCCCCCCUGCACCGUGAGUCUCUCCCAGGUGCCCAGGAUGCUGGUGCUGUGCCUGCUGUCCCUGGUCUGCCUCAGUGAGGGCUCUCAGCGCAGUGAGCCCAUGUUUGCAGCCGUCACUCAGCACCUCCUACCACCUGACUACGACAGCAACCCAACGCAGCUCAACUACGGCGUGGCGGUCACCGACCUGGAUGCUGAUGGUGACUUUGAGAUCGUGGUAGCAGGGUACAAUGGCCCCAACCUGGUCCUCAAGUAUGACAAGGCACGGGGGCGUCUAGUGAACGUGGCAGAGGAUGUGCAGGGGUCCCCAUACUACGCACUGCGGGACCGGCAAGGCAAUGCCAUUGGUGUAACAGCCUGCGACAUCGACGGGGACGGUCGUGAGGAGAUCUACUUCCUCAACACCAACAAUGCCUUCUCUGGCUUGGCCACCUACACAGACAAGCUCUUCAAGCUCCGCAACGGGCGCUGGGAGGACCUCCUGAGUGAUGAGGUGAACCGAGAGGUGGCCAGCCGCUUCGCUGGGCGCUCUGUGGCCUGUGUGGACCGGACGGGCUCCGGCAGGUACUCCAUCUACAUCGCCAACUACGCCAGCGGCGACGUGGGCCCCCAUGCCCUGAUUGAGAUGGACGUGGCUGCCAGUGACCCCGCUCGUGGUGUCGUGGUUUUGGUGGAUGUGGCCGCCCAGGCUGGUGUCAGCAAGUACACAGGGGGCCGUGGGGUGGCCGUAGGACCCAUCCUGAGUGACAGCGCCUCUGACAUAUUCUGUGGUAAUGAGAACAGCCCCAAUUUCCUCUUCCACAACCGGGGGGACGGGACAUACCGGGAUGUGGCCGCUGCUGUGGGACUGGAUGACCCCUACCAGCAUGGACGUGGUGUGGCACUGGCUGACUUCAACCGUGACGGACGGGUGGACAUCGUCUAUGGCAACUGGAAUGGGCCGCACCGCCUCUACCUGCAGAGUGGUGCUCCUGGGCGCGUCCGAUUCCGGGACAUCGCCACGCCCAAGUUCUCCAUGCCAUCCCCUGUCCGCACUGUCAUCGCAGCUGACUUCGACAAUGACCAGGAGCUGGAGGUUUUCUUCAACAACAUCGCUUACCGUGGCUCUUCUGCCAACCGCCUCUUCCGGCUCAUCCGCAGAGAGCAUUCAGACCCCAUAGUGGAAGAGCUGAAUCCAGGGGAUGCACUGGAGCCAGAUGGACGGGGCACAGGGGGUGCAGUGGCAGAUUUUGAUGGUGAUGGGAUGCUAGACCUGAUCCUGUCCCACGGCGAGUCCAUGGCACAGCCCAUCUCCAUCUUCAAGGGCACCCAGGGCACCAGCAACAACUGGCUGCGCAUCAUCCCUCGCACACGCUUUGGAGCCUUUGCACGGGGAGCCAAGGUGGUGCUGUUCACACGGCACAGUGGGGCCCACCUGCGCAUCAUCGAUGGUGGCUCAGGGUACCUCUGUGAGAUGGAGCCCGUGGCACACUUUGGACUGGGGCGUGAUGAAGCCAGCAGCCUGGAAGUGACCUGGCCGGAUGGCCGCAUAGUAGCACGAGCCGUGGCCAGCAGUGAGAUCAACUCCGUCCUGGAGGUUCCUUACCCUCUGGAUGUGGAGGACCCACUCAUGCCUGCCCUGCUGGAGUGUGGGCAGGGAUUCUCCCAGCACGAGAACGGACGCUGCGUAGACACAGAUGAGUGUACCAAGUUCCCCUUUGUCUGCCCCCGGGACAAGCCCAUCUGCAUCAACACCUAUGGCGGGUACCGCUGCCGCAGCAACAAGCGCUGCAGCCGGGGCUUCGAGCCCAAUGAGGAUGGCACAGCUUGCGUGGCUCAAGUGGCCUUUUUUGGGGGAUACCCUUCCAGCGGGAGCUGGCCUGGGCUCCUCCAUGGUGCCCUCCUUCCGCUAGUCCUCGCAAUCUGCCUUUGCCUCUAUGCACUUUAACCCCUGCCCGUAGCACUCCAGAGCAGCCUUGGUGGAAGGACUGGCCAGCUGCUGCCUGUCUCUCUUUUUCUCUCUCUCUCCAUGUUGAACUGCCCUGGAAAUGCCACCUACACCCUACUGGGGUGGCCCAUGGUGGGAUGGGUGUGGAGCCCAGCUGCCUGGCUGCGGUGGGCUCACCCCUUGCACCAUGUCUGGAAAAGCAGCCCCGGGGCAGCGCCCCUUUGCCGGCACCUCCCUGCCCGGUUGCUUGCUCUGUCUCCUCAAUACCGUACCAUGUGCCUGCUGGUUUGGCCUGCGACGUGUGUGCUUCGCCUGCCCCCUCCUCAGCAGGAGGAAAGCCUUGCGGGGGAAAGGACCCUCCUGGCCUGUUUUUUAACGUAUUGACCCUACUGUUUGGAGUUGGACCCUGCUCAGUCUUCCAGCCCCUCUCCCAGAGAAUCCCCCCCAAUAAACUGUAUCCUAUCUGUUAGCCCAACCUGUUGAGCUGUGUGAGGCAGGGU